UGUGGCCAGGGAUGGGGCUGAAGGAGGCGAGAAGACACGGAACCAGAGAUUCUGGAGGCUCUUGAGAUGGCCUCACCCUCCUGGCUGUGAGCAUCAGGGUCCCAGUAGGAAGGAGAUGAGCAUGGAGAGGCUGUUUUCACAGGACGCAGCAGCUUCCUUGGAGUUGGGCAUUUUAGGAGACCCCUGGUUCCAUGGAAGCUUCUGCUUUGCAGGUCUGUGGGUUCUGGUACCACCUGAGCCCACUGGACAUCUGGUCAUCCCUGGCACCUCUCCUUUGGAGCCACCUUGUCCCCGGCUAGACAGUCACAUUUUCCAGUGCCGUUUUGGAAAGAUGUUGCCUUUGGAGAAGGCGUUUGCCUCCCCCAGGAGCUCCCCAGUCCCCCCGGAUCUGCCCACGCCAGGGUCAGCAGCCGGAGUCCAGCAGGAAGAACCCGAGACCAUCCCUGAGAGGACCCCUGCUGACCUGGAGUUCUCCCGCCUGCGUUUCCGGGAAUUUGUCUACCAGGAGGCUGCCGGUCCCCACCAGACCCUGGCCCGUCUGCAUGAGCUGUGUCGCCAGUGGCUGAUGCCUGAGGCGCGCUCCAAAGAGCAGAUGCUGGAGCUGCUGGUGCUGGAGCAGUUCCUGGGCAUCCUGCCUGAUAAGGUCCGGCCCUGGGUGGUGGCACAGUACCCUGAGAGCUGCAAGAAGGCAGCCUCCCUGGUGGAGGGCCUCGCUGAUGUCCUCGAAGAGCCAGGGAUGCUGCUGGGCUCCCCUGCGGGCUCAUCCUCAAUUCUUAGCGAUGGAGUGUACGAGAGGCACAUGGACCCUCUGCUGCUACCAGGCGAGCUUGCGAGCCCCAGCCAGGCCCCCGGAGCUGGGGAGAUCCCGGCACCUUCUGAGACACCCUGGCUUUCUCCGGACCCCCUGUUUCUGGAACAGAGGAGGGUCAGAGAAGCAAAGACCGAAGAGGCCAGCCCUGCCAACACCGAGCAGAAGCUGAAGUCCUUUCCAGAGGAGCCUCAGCACCUGGGAGAGUGGGGCCACCUGGACCCUGCCGAGGAGAACCUGAAGAGCUACCGGAAGCUGCUCCUGUGGGGGUAUCAGCUUUCCCAGCCUGACGCUGCCUCCAGGCUGGACACUGAGGAACUCCGGUUGGUGGAAAGAGAUCCACAAGGAAGCAGCCUCCCAGAAGGCGGGAGGCGGCAGGAGAGCGCUGGGUGCGCCUGCGAGGAGGCCGCCCCAGCGGGGGUGCUGCCUGAGCUGCCUACGGAGGCGCCCCCUGGGGACGCCCUUGCCAAUCCCCCGUCGGGCACCACUGAGGAGGAGGAAGAGCAGCCUGGCAAGGCCCCGGACCCGCAGGACCCCCAAGACGCGGAGUCCGACUCUGCCACCGGAUCGCAGAGGCAGUCCGUCAUCCAGCAGCCUGCCCUGGACAGGGGCGCGGAGAGGCUGGGAACCAAGAGGCCGCACCCCGAGGAUGGGGACGGGCAGAGCCUGGAAGGCGUCUCCAGCGCCGGCGACAGCGCAGGGCUCGAGGCCGGGCAGGGCCCCGGGGCUGACGAGCCGGGCUUGUCCCGCGGGAAGCCCUAUGCCUGCGGCGAGUGCGGGGAGGCCUUCGCGUGGCUCUCGCACCUCAUGGAGCACCACAGCAGCCAUGGCGGCCGGAAGCGCUACGCCUGUCAGGGCUGCUGGAAGACCUUCCACUUCAGCCUAGCCCUAGCCGAACACCAGAAGACCCACGAGAAGGAGAAAGGCUACGUGCUGGGGGGCGCCCGGGGCCCCCAACCGUCCACCCGCGAAGCCCAGGAGGGGGCUGGGGCGGACGGCCCCCCAGAGAGCGUGGAGGCCGAGGCUGUCCCCGCACCCCCAGAGGCGCAGAGGUGAGUCGCUGUGCUGUCCCGUCCCGGAGGGGCCGCCCUGCCGGCCAUGAAUCCCAGAUGAGGCAUUGGGCCUUUCCACGCCCCUGGGUGGCGGCUUCCUGUGGUGUUUGUGGACGUCCUCUGCCUGUGCCCUGAAUCCACUCCUGAGGCUAAGCGUUCCCAACGAGAAGGGUCCACGGGAAGCCCUCACCUCUGUAAACACACCCUGGGCCAGCGCUCGCAUCCGAGGGGAGCCGCCGGAUGUGGAAGAAGACUCUGCUUUCCUGCAGCCAUUUAGUGCCGCCCCUUGCUAGGUUAUUUGACAUUGUGCAGUGUAGAGUUGCCUUAAAGUGCGUGAUCUGCCAGUGCUUUCUUCAAGUGACCCUUGCCCAGAUUCCUCCCGUUUGCGCUCCCCAGGGUUGCUCAAGUGAAAACUUUGUCAGCUGUUUAGCCUUUUCGUACUUCCGUGAUGUCAACUUCUAAUCUGCAAAAGCAGAAGCUGUUUCCUAGUUUACCUCACGUGUCUUUACCUGUAUGGAGUAGCUCGCAGAGAUCACAGAAAUGCUUGCAGCCUAAGGCAGGGUUUUCAGACCGUGGGUCCCAGCCCAGUAGUAAAAUGGGAAGUCAAUUAGCAAGUGGCCACCAGCAUUACACAGCAAUGAAGCAGAAUAAAGUAGGCCAGAAUGCAUCAUGUAGUAAAGGCAAAUACUGUUUUGUGAAACUUUUCACCCAUACAUCUAAACGUGAGAACUGGUUGCAAUGUAAGACGUAUUUCUUGCUGGGAAGUUGUGAUCAAAAUAAGUUGAAAACACUAAUAAAGAUCUGUCUGUCUGAGCAAA